UUAACCUUGAAGGUAAGCUUCUCAGCACAGUUACAUAUGAUGUGAACUCAAGUAGAAGGCUUAUGGAGGUAGAUUUGAAGAAUUUUUUGGCUAAUGGAAACAAAAUUGAAUCCGUCCAAGUUGGUCCAAUUAUAAUUCUGGUUUCGAGUUGUCAUGUUAUGAAAAGAACCUAGAGUGGACCCUUGAACCUGUACGCUGAUAUUUAUUUUUUAUUAAGUCAACAAAAAUGUGUAACAUGAUGGAUGGUGAAAAGUCAUGGGACAUCAUCAUUUGUUUAGGACUUGUCCUUGGGUGUUAUUGGGACCUAUCUCUUACAAAUCAUCAAUCUAAUCUAAUUUCUAAUUCAGUUUGUGUACCACAGGAAAAUAUAAUAAUAAUGAGAACAUAUGAGAGAUAUUGGUGGUGGGUUAAGGAGAAGAAGCAGAUGGCUUUGGUGUUGUUCAUGAUAGUAACAUUGAUGCUUCAACUCCAGAUGAAAGGAUGUGUAGGUUGUCUGGAAACUGAACGGAUGGGUCUUCUGCAACUCAAGUCGUAUCUCAAGAAUGGUUUUGAAGUAGAAGAAGAAGGCAUGAUGAAAUCAUGGAGUCAUGAUGAUCCUAGCAGUGAUUGCUGCCACUGGAAAAGGGUAAAGUGUAGUGACGCUACCGGUGGCCGUGUAGUCCACCUCUCGCUUCAUAGACUCACACCCGCCAACAAUGAGUUUAAAAACCAGUCUCUAAAUCUGUCUUUCUUCCAUAGCUUCCCUCGACUACAAAGUCUUGACUUUUCAUUCAAUGAGUUCAGGGACUUGUUUGAUCCCAUCAAUGGUCAUAAGAGCUUUCAGAAACUGGAAAAGCUGAGGACCCUGGAUUUCUACUACAAUCGUCUCAACAACAGUGUUUUCACUUUUCUAAGUGAAGCAAGGUCGCUCAGAACUCUAAACGUUAGUCACAAUUUACUGGAUGGUGUCUUUCCUCCGAAUGUGUCAAUAAUGACGAAACUGAAAACAUUAGAUCUUAGUUACAACGAACUCUCAGAUGCAUCCCAAAUUAAAGUGCUGAAGGAUAUGCCGAUGUUGCAAGAACUGGAUCUAAGUGACAAUAGAUUCACCGACUUAGACAGGCUAGGUGCAGUGCUUCCUUCAUCUUUACACGUAUUGAAUCUUGCAUAUAAUCAACUAUCAUCGACCCCAAAAGGCUACUUGGAGAUUUGUGCAUUAAUGAAUCUUAGAGAGCUGGAUUUAAGCUCCAAUGCUUUGACAAAUACUCCUUAUUGUCUGGGUAACUUAAGCCGUCUUCAAACUCUUGAUCUAUCCGAAAACCAAAUCAGUGGACAGCUGUCUUCCUUUGUAUCUGGUCUACCAUCAGCGCUUGAGUACUUGUCGCUUCUUGAUAAUGACUUCAACAGUUCCUUCUGGUUCAGUUCACUGGCCAAUCACACAAGACUCGAAGUAUUCAUGCUGUCAUCGAAACUUGGUAUGAUCCAAGCUCAGGCUGAGACCUCCUGGCUUCCAACGUUUCAGUUGAAGAUGCUAAAGCUAAAGAACUUCAAUCUUGGCAGCACGAUUCCUAGCUUCCUUGUUCAUCAAAAUGACUUACGCUCCAUUUAUAUUACUUAUAGCCAGUUGAAAGGAGCAUUUCCGGACUGGCUUGUGCAGAAUAAUACAAGGCUGGAGGCUAUUAGACUGAACAACAAUUUGUUGACAGAGCUUCGACUACCUUCUAGGCUUGUUCAUGGCCUACAAUUCCUUGACGUCGCGUGUAACAUGAUAUACGAUUCACUUCCAGAAGACAUAGGGAUUGUUUUUCCACAUUUGAAGUUUAUGAACUUUUCUUCAAAUCAUAAUAAUGGAACCAUUCCAUCUUCUAUGGGUGAGAUGAAAAGUCUAGAGUUCUUGGACAUGUCUUCUAAUCGUCUUUAUGGUCAGCUACCCACAACGUUUUUACAUGGUUGCCACUCGCUGAUUGCUCUGAAGCUCUCCAAUAACCAUCUCCAGGGGGAAGUAUUUCCGAGACAUGCCAAUCUUACUAGUUUAGAUUUGUUGUUUCUUGAUGGCAACAAUUUUGAUGGGAGUCUCGGAAAAGGUUUGUUGAACUCGAAGCGUCUAGCUGUGUUGGACAUAUCAGAUAAUAGCUUUUCCGGCGCACUUCCAUAUUGGAUUGGUAAAAUCUCAUACCUAUCCCAUCUACUCAUGAGGGGAAACAAGCUAAAAGGUCAGGUGCCUCAUCAACUACAAAAUCUACAUCUUGAUGUUUUAGACAUGUCAAACAAUAGCUUCUCUGGUUCCAUUCCAAGGAAUCUUAAUGUUUCAUCUCUCACAGAGGUAAGGCUACACAGCAAUGAGUUUAUAGGCUCAGUUCCGAGCUAUUUAUUCAAGGCUAAGGUAUUACAGGUGCUCGAUUUGCGGCACAACAGUCUUUCUGGAAUGUUUCUGAAUACUACUAUUGGAAAUACAUCUAAGUUAGGAGUUCUUCUACUAGGGAAUAAUAGCUUUCAGACUCAUAUCCCUGGGAAAAUAUGUCAGCUAAGUAAAGUUGGUCUCUUGGACUUAUCUCACAACAAAUUCAAAGGCGCCAUACCAUCAUGUUUUGGUAACAUGUCUUUUGGUGCCCAAACAAACAACGCAAUAAUCAGUCCAUAUAGGUAUGGAAACAUAUUUUCAUCCUUCCAAAGCUGGCAUUAUCCAUCAGCUCUUCACUUUCUUGAUACCGAAGUAGAGCUUGGCCUUCAGCCAACACCAGGAACUACAGUUAAUUUUGUAUCGAAAAGCAGAUAUGAAACAUAUCAAGGUGAUAUUCUUCGAUAUAUGUACGGUCUGGAUUUGUCAAGCAACCAAUUAUCCGGUGAGAUUCCAGUUGAAGUUUGGGAUCUUAAAAACAUCAGAUCCCUGAAUUUUUCGAGCAACCGCCUCAUCGGCUCCAUACCAGAUAGCAUUUCAAAGCUGGAGAAUUUGGAGAGUUUGGAUUUAUCUAACAACAAGUUACAUGGAAGCAUCCCUCCUCAGCUAGCUGAUCUCAACAGUUUAGGAGUCUUCAAUAUCUCAUAUAACAAUUUGUCAGGUGAAAUCCCUUUCAAAGGCCAUCUUAUGACCUUUGACGAAAAGAGUUACAGGGGCAAUCCUCAUCUCUGUGGACGUCCUACUAACAAAAGUUGCAACCUCGAGGGAGCCACAGAGCCAAGUGCAUCAAAGCGGGCCAAAGAGGAAGAAGAAGAGGGUGAUGAUGUGAUGGAUAUGGUGUGGUUUUAUUGGACUUGUGGUUCAGUCUACAUCACCACAUCAUUGGCCUUGUUUGCGUUUCUCUGCAUAGACUCACGCUGGUCACGUGAAUGGUUUUAUCGUGUUGAUCUCUUGGUUCAUCAUCUUCAACGCUUCAAGGAUGGCUUUAUCUGCAACUGAAACCAUGGGUCACCCUAAGGUACACUAUUACCAUAUAUACUCCUCUUUUUAUUAAAGUUGCCAUGUUUGGUAUUAUUUGUGUUGUAAUAUGUUUGCAUAAGGACAAUCAUGUAUCUUAAAAUACGGCCAAACAAUGCCUAAUGAUUAGUUCAAAAGUUAGUGUUGUUUGAAAAUAA